GUAGUGCUGCGUCCUCGCUCGCUCUGAUCUGCCGUUGUUGCCCCUCUUUCUCCGCCGCGGCAGGAUGGCGCCUCCCCAGAACGAAAAGCUCGACGCUGAGCAACGCUCCCCAUCACCAUCCACGUCCUCGUCGGACCGCGAGCAAAAUGAUUCCGAAGCAGUCAAUGACAAGAGACUCCUGCGCAAACUCGACCGCACCUUGUUGCCGCCAUUGUCCAUCCUCUAUUUACUUUCAUUCCUGGAUCGCAGCAAUGUCGCGAAUGCAAAGCUUGAGGGCUUGACAGAGGAUUUGGGCAUAUCCGGAGAUGUUUACCUGACCAGCUUGACGCUGUAUUUUGUCGGUUACGUCCUCUUCGAAAUUCCCUGUAACAUCAUCCUCAAGCGUACGACGCCGCGGCUCUGGCUCCCAACGCUAACACUGGUCUGGGGCAUCGUGUCCACACUGAUGGGUCUCACGCAAAACCGUGACGGCUUCCUUGCGGUUCGCUUCUUCCUCGGCGUCGCUGAAAGUGGUCUCUUCCCAGGUUGUGUCUGGUAUUUGAGCAUGUGGUACAAAAGACCCGAGCGUGUGUACCGCGUCGCGCUGUUCUUCAGCGCAGCGAGCCUUGCAGGCGCAUUUGGUGGAAUAUUGGCCUUUGCCAUUGGUAAGAUGCGUGGCGUCGCGGAUUUAAGUGGCUGGCGCUGGAUCUUCAUCCUUGAAGGUCUUCUCACCAUUGUCGUCUCCAUAGUCUCUUACGCCUUUAUCCAUAACUACCCAACCAGCGCCCGUUUCCUAACCCCUUCGGAACGCAGCGCGGUCCAAUCUCGCCUUUCUGGCGAGCGCGACGCUACCGCUAGCGAGCCAUUUCGCUGGUCUUCCGUUCUUUUAGCUCUCAAAGACCCCAAAUGCUGGCUCUACGGCUGCGUAUUCCACUCACUAUCUCUUCCUCUUUACACGCUCUCUCUUUUCCUCCCCAGCAUUAUCGCUGCGCUUGGUUACACCGCCGCCUCGGCGCAACUCCUGUCCGUCCCCCCCUACGCCAUCGCCACCCUUCUCACUCUUGGCCUCGCUGCUCUUUCCGAGCGCCUCCACCGUCGCGUGCCCUUCAUUCUCGCAUCCCUCCUCCUCGCCGCAGUGGGAUACUCCGUCCUCCUUGCCCACGCAAAAUCCGCCGACCCUACGCAUAACCCCGGUCGCGCGUAUGCUGGCGCGUGUCUCGCAGCUGCGGGCAUCUAUCCCGCGACGGCGCUGGGGCUGGGUUGGCCGGCAAUGAAUGUAGGAGGUCCGACGAAGCGGGCAACUGCCACAGCGCUGCAGAUCAGUGUUGGGAAUAUUGGAGCCGUGAUUGGGACGCAGUUAUAUCGUCCGAGUACAGCGCCGGGGUAUGCUUUGGGGCAUGCGGUGGCAUUGGGAUAUGUUUUGGCGGGAAUAGGGGUGGUAAGUGGAUUGUGGUGGGUUUUGGUGAGAGAAAAUGGAAGGAGGGAGACGUUGUUAAGGGGUGAGGGUGUUGCGGAGGGAGAGGCUGUGCAGAGUGGUGCCGCUGGUGGUGACCAGGAGGAGGAUUUACGUGAUGAUGAUGAUUUAAGGUGGCGGUUUGCGGUGUGAUGUGAGUGUACUUUUGUACUAAGGAAAUAAAUAGAUAUGUAAGCUGAGAAGAAAGUAGAAAAAGUGCUAGAAAAAAAAGCAGAUAGGCUUCGGUUGGGAUUUUAAUCCC